CGGUCGAGGAAGGAGGAGAAGGAUGAUCUGAUAUCCCGCUUGACGCGGGGUUUGGGGAAGCGUCCAUAUGUCGAGUGCCCUAUUGUACGUAUUCUCUUCAUUCGUCACCAGAGGCCGGAGUGGAGAUGCCCUGGAUGUCAGAAACGGCGUGUUGACCGAGUUGGACUAUACAAGUGUUUCUGCGGCAGAGUCACUGGUCCUCAGACGAAUCUCACCCAGCCUCACUCCUGUGCCGAGCCAUGCUCUCGGAAGCGCCCGCUCUGCUCGCAUCCAUGUUCACUACCCUGUCAUCCCGGUCCAUGCCCGCCAUGCCAGGUCGCUCUCAUCGUCCCUUGUCCAAGCCAUCACUCGAGCUUGACGGUCAAAUGUGCGGCGGCAACCGGUGGCGCAAGCAUGACGCCCGUGUGUGAUGAGGUUUGCAAUCGCGAGAGGGGAUGUGGGGAUCGGAGCCAUACUUGCCAACUGCUCUGUCACUUCGGCCCAUGCGCGCCGUGUAAGGAGACCGAGCACGUCCGAUGCUACUGCGGCGCGGAAAGCCGGGAUGAGAUUUGUGGCUGGAGGAAGGACGACGAGAUGCAGUGCGCUCGAGCGCCAGAGAGCGGAGUGGAGGAGCACUGGCAGGGCAGAUGGGCGUGUGGCAGACUGUGCGGGGAGGCUUUCGACUGCGGCAUCCAUACUUGCGAAGAAACUUGCCAUCCUCACCCGCUAUUCCCACUACCAUGUCCUACAUCGCCCGCUCAAACCCUCACCUGCCCUUGCGGCCAGACACCCCUCGACUCGCUAUGCCAGCCAAACGGCCCAGAGCCGGCUCGGACGAAAUGUACCGAUCCUAUCCCGACAUGCGCCCUGCCAUGUCCCGAAAGUCGGCCCUGCGGGCAUCAGUGUCCGCGUACCUGCCACCACGGCGAAUGUCCGCCGUGUCAUGAGCAGGUGGUCCGGCCCUGCCGAUGCGGAGAGAGCGUAUUUACUGUGCGAUGUGAAGAGUUUGGCGAGAGAGUCAGGCGGGGUGAAGGGGAGAUGAGGUGUGAGCGAGUCUGCAAGGCGCUCCGGAACUGCGGCCGGCACGAAUGCUCUCGCGUAUGCUGUCCACUCUCCUACAAGGCGAAAUCAUCCCGCCUAAAGAAGAAGCCCGGUGCGACCGAUCUGCACGACCUGAUGGUCGCUCCCGGCGAGGAGGAUCUGCACACUUGCUCGCUCACGUGCGGCAAGUGGCUGAGCUGUGGGUUGCACACCUGUCAGCGGAAGGAUCACAGGGGCGCUUGCGGGCGCUGCCUACAAGCGAGUUACGACGAAUUGAUCUGUCAUUGUGGGGAAUCUAUUGUUUAUCCUCCGGUCGCCUGCGGGACCACUAUUUCUUGUACAUUCCCCUGCGCUCGUCCGCCACCCACCUGCGGCCACCCAAAGACCAUACACAGCUGUCAUGAAGCGCCCGACUGCCCUGCCUGCCCGUACCUCACCACUCGCCCCUGCGCAUGCGGCAAGGAUCCGGCGGUCAAGCAUGUCCGAUGCUCUCAAUCCAUCGUCUCAUGCGGUCAGACCUGCGGCAAUCUCCUCUCCUGCGGUUUCCAUCGGUGCGACAAGACAUGUCACAAGCAGAGUGACGGCGAGUGCGGUGACUGCACUCAGGUCUGCGGGAAGCCAAAGCGGGUCUGCAGGCACCCGUGCAUGUCGCCAUGUCACGCUCCCGCCAAGUGCCCCGAGUCCGACCCGUGCGGCGCCAUCGUCGAUCAGAAAUGCGCCUGCGGAAACCUCAGUAAUCGGACAACGUGCGGCGCCAGCUCGGCCAAGGCGGAGAGUAGGGAGCUCGUACAGCUCAAGUGCAACUCGGAGUGCUUGGUCAAACAGCGGAAUGCGAGGUUGGCGGAGGCGUUGGGUAUUAAAGGAGCAGAAGGCAGGGCAGGAGGAGGGGAGAACGUCGAGUGGAGCGCAGAGCUCAAGACGUUCGCCCAGGGGAAUUGGGCGUUUGUCAAGGUGGUAGAGACUGCUUUGGCGGAUUUCAUGAAGGGUGGGAAGCCGAGUCACAUUCUGCCACAAAUGCCCGCUUCCAAGCGUACCUUCGUCCUCUCCCUUGCUCAGAUCUACCGUCUCUCCACAGACCUCCUGGAUGCCGAGCCAAAUCGGAGCAUCAUGAUCCGCCGAAAGAUCGAUACUCGAAUCCCCAAUCCUCUCCUCAGCUCCGUAGUCGCCCAGCCAGCUACUGGGGAGAAGAAGUCAGGCGGACUGGCCAACCUUCGCGCUACUCCGACGGCAAGCGGUUCGUCCAGCGGAACAACAUCGUGGGGCAAGAUCGCCGCGCCCACGCCGUCACCGUGGGGCAGCUCUGCCGCUUCGGGCUCGUCUACACCUCUCGGCCUGUCUGCCGCAGGCGUAGCCUCUCGGGCGGUGUCUCCCGCUAUCAGAUCGUCGAGGCCGUCUACCCCGGGCGAGUCUCACUCGGCAACGACGAUGACGGUCCCGGUCAACCAGACUUCGCAUCUCGGUCCCGGACUGGGACUGGCGCGGAUGAACAGUGCUCGUCAGGGCGUGGUCGGGGAGGUGGGCAAGGUAGAGGAAGACGAUUGGGAUGUGGACGCUUAG